GUUGUACUUUGUGCUGCUCUCUCCGACUUUCAAGAUGUUGACUAUACGUCCACGAGCUUCGCCCCGUUACAGGGACGUCUCGGCAAUCAUGCAUUUGCCCUUUUGUCAUUAUGCGAUAAACAUUUUGAUUCUGGCCACUAGCCUUGGCGCCGACAGUCGAGUACGAUGGCAAGGAGUCAAAGGACCCGGCAGUCUGGUUUGUCUGGGGAGCCACGUGCCGGUCAACGGCUAG